UCCACUACAGGUGUUUGUAAAUAAGAUGAACUCAGAUCGACACACGACGAGCCGUUUCCCACGAUCGAACCAUAUAUAAAGGCACGGGGCCUCGUAUGGCACUCAUUCACCAAACCGCAUAAUCGCGUUCACAUCUAACUCAACUCAAAAUGGCUUUAGAUUGCUUAGAAAGCUCCAGCUAUGUCAGCAAGAUUCUUUCAGAGCGACGAAAGGCAAAGAAGCCUUUGAUGGAAAAAAUGCGAAGAGCUCGAAUCAACGACAGUUUAAAUGAGCUCAAGACUUUGGUUUUAGACCUUUUAAAUAAAGAUGCUAGCAGAUACUCAAAAAUGGAAAAAGCAGAUAUUUUGGAAAUGACUGUCAGUUAUUUGAGAGCGACACAUAGAUCGGACUCUAGACUUCAAGAUAUGAAAUCCUUGGCUGAAUUCAGAGCAGGAUUUAAUCAAUGUGCGAACGAAGUCUCCAAAAAUCUCAGUUCUUCACCAAAUUCUGACCACGUUAGAGAAAAACUGAUGUCACAUUUGGCCUCGAGUUGUCAUAGCAACCACCCCAGCUCAACUUUUCCGCACGCAAGUUUUCCCGCCAACUCUGCUGGAACGCCGACUGUCUGGGUUCCAUACCCAUCUCCUCCACCUUCCCCGACCUCUCAGAACGCUCUAUAUUUACAAGGACCUGUAGCCAUUCAACGCGAGCCAAUUCCUCCAAUUUCACCUGUGAGUCCAGUUCAACUAGUCAGUCCACAAACGAAGCUAAACUCACCGUGUGAAAGCACAGUUAAAGCAACGGCUUCUACUAAAAAACCUGCGCUCUGGCGACCUUGGUAAUUUCACUAUCUGUUUAAUAAGAAGAGUUUAAAUUGGAAUUAUUUUUUUGAAAGACUAAGACACAAUGAAUUGUAAAUUGCAAUUUUUUUAAAUGAGUUUUGUACAAUUGUAAAUAAUAUGAUAUAUAUUGCAUUAUAUGUUUUUCUUACCGAAAUACAGAUGUUAUAAUAAGAGCUUAUUAUAAAUGACUGCCUGGCAGUGCUUUAAAAGACAAUAAAGCAUUUCACAUGACAAA